GUACAAUAGCUAAGGUAAAACGAACUUGGGAUUUCUCUUCUCUUCUCUUACCUACGUCGCCCAUCCACCGUCACGCCAAGACACACCAAGCCACGCCACGCCACAACCAACUCCUCCCAUCGAAUGCCCUCUCUCUCUCUUAUCUGUAGAGGUUAGGGACUAGGUACUGAUCAAGUUACGCCAGCCACAUGAUCUACGGUGGAAACGUAUCACCACGGAUCCCGACCUACCUCUACCUAGAGACAGGUACCUCCACCUCCAAGCUCAGGUCGACGGGGACGUCCAUGUACCUGCCUAUCAGAGACACGAUGGGAAAAGUACGGUCGAUACGCGUAGAAAGUGAGGCCGGCGAGGUAGAGAAGUACUUCCGCCCUCGUCUCCUCUUUUGGCUGGUGCCUGCUACCUACGUGUAGGUAAUCCGACCCAAUCUUCCCAGCCCCGUCGAUUCGACACCCGUCCUUCGUCCAUUCCUCUCCCAGAUCCAACUCCAUCCGACCAGAUAUCCGCCCUGGACAUGAGGACUUCGGGCCCGCAACACCAACACUCGGGAAGGGAUACGUAGCUGAAGGAUACCGCGCACAUCAACCUGCUCUCCCUCUCUUCUUCGCGCCCUUUUUUUUUUUGGUACUCGGUUUGGUUCCGACAGCAUAGAAACCCGCCAUGACACGCCCGAUUGUCUACAACGUCGCCCUUGGCGUCUUCGUCUGCACGACGGUCAUUACUAUUGUAUCCAUCUUGACGCCGCACUGGGUUUCGUACUCGGUCACGGCCGACACCGGGUCGACCUUCCGCAAGUCGCUGGGCCUGCACCAGAGCUGCUCCUCAGUCGACGAGCCCUCCUGCCGGCCUUUCCCCACCGACGAUGACUGCCGCGACAGCGACGGCGACUUCUGCGCCCUCUGGCGCAGCAGCGGCUUCCUCAUCUCCCUCGCCACCAUCGUCGAGCUCGCCACCCUCGUCGCCUUCUUCGUCGUCCGCGCCGGCGGCAAGGUUAAGCGCGAGACCGGCUGGCGCAUCAUCGCCGGCUUCCUGCUCGCCGACGCCGUCGUCGAGUUCGCCAGCAUAGGCAUCGUCGCCUACCUCUUCGACCACGACUCUCAGUUCGCCAUCCCCGGCUGGCACCUCGACUGGUCCUGGGUCCUGUGCACCGUCAGCGCCACCGUCUCCGUCCUUCUCGCAGGUGGCCUCGCCUCCUCGGCCUGGCUCCUGCCACCGGAGGACGACUACGAAUACCUCGAGGACCCCCCGGUAGACGCCUGAAAAGAAAAAGAAAACCAGGAUCUUCACACAGUCGUCCUCUAUCACUAACCACCAAUGUUUCUUGGCGGCGUUUUGCCAAAAGGCUGGAUCAAACUAGCUUUCUUAUUUCUGUGACAGGUCUAGGUUUCGUAUAGUAUAUACCCCCUACCCCACACAUUUGGGGGGAGGGGUGUGACGGCCAGUAGUAACAGGUCACGCAGCAUUUUCUUUUGAGGAUUUUGGGUUCUUCCCGCCGGCGGUAUAGGGCGGAGGCAAUUAUCGUCUCGUAUGCCCCGGCGUAGGUAGGAACCGUAUAGCCGCGGGUCUGUAGGAUUGCACACGGAUAUAUAUAUAUAUAUAUCAUAGGAGUACGAAGGCAAAGGCAAGGUUGACACAAAUGGGGAUGGACACGACAGGGAAAAUAUCCAAGGUAAUUAACUAACUAGGUACGCAAGCAAGACUCGAUACGAUCAU